GCGCUGCUCAUGGCGUCAGCACUAGCAGAAGAAACGCAACAAGAAUCGCAACAACAGCAGCUACAGAAUCAACAACAAUGGGUUCCGUACAACAUGAACGUGCAAUCGUGGGGGCAACAGGGAUAUGGGCAACAGGCAUUGGGACAGAUGCCACAGUGGGAUCAACAGUUCCAAGCGAGCGACUAUUCUGGAGGUUUUGACUACGGCAGCCACGGAGGUUCAAGUGGCUUCGAUUCUGGUGACUCUGGCCAUGGAUUUGGCGGUGAUUCCGGCCAUGGUUUCGGCGGACAGGACCUCAAAGUCCACUCUUACCCCGUCCAUCAACACAUUCACGAAGAAAGUCCGGAACCAGUCAAGCACUACAAAGAAAUAGUCGUACCCAUACCUAAGAACGUCGAGUUCAAAGUCCACCAGCCUGUUUUGAUUCCUGUACCACAUCCCGUACCUAUUCAAGUUCCAGUACCUAAAGCUGUAGUAAUUCCUAUUAUAAAAGAAGUGUCUAUUCCUGUCGAAAAAUCUGUACCUUACCCUGUAGAGAAGACUGUUCAUGUCCCUAGAUUCAAGGAUGUGCCUUUCAAGGUCUACAAGCACGUGAUUGUUGCAGUCGAAAAACCUGUACCUUUCAAGGUGCCAGUUUAUGAAACUAUUAUCCAUACAAAGAAAGGAUCACACAAGAUCUAAAUUUGUAUUUUGUAAAUCACAAAGCCGGUCUUUUCUGUCCUGAGACCUAAGGGUUAUGUGUUUACUGUUUUUGUUUAGUACGGUGAGCCACACGAUGAUACUUACAAAAAAGCUGUCAACAUUUUUGAAAAUUGAACGUUACGGAACGUUUAGUUUAUAAUAGUGAUAUUUCAAAAGUAAAUUUCGUGUGUGGUAUACCGUAAUUCAUGACUGAAUAUGGGCAUUUAAGUUAUAUUUCCAAAAGAACUUGUGUGCUCUAAAAUAGAAACUUCCUUCAAAGAUUUCUUCAAAAUCUGUUUGUCACCCUUAUUCUAAUUGUUAUCUUGUUUUUAACAUUGUUGUUAUUUUGUUUGUAAGCUGUUGUUUGUUUUAAGCGUUAUGUUGUCUGUUGUUGCGUGAAUGAG